CCAGGAGGGGAAGGAGGGACGUCCCAAGGAAGGGUCUUUGAGGAAGGGGUGGGGGACGACCUCAGGAGAAGGCUUCCAGGGGCAGUCUCAGGGGAGCGAAGGUUUUGUGGGGACUACUGGGGUCUCCAAUAGAUAGAACACUGUGCAGGCUGAGGGAGGUACUUCUUGGCGCAAGGCCUUGGGUAGGCAGGAGCGAAGUCCUCGCAGAAGUGGGGGUGUGUGGGGGGGAAGCCAGAGGAAGUGGCUGGGCCUGAACUGGCACUGUGCCUGACACAAGGCUUGUGCAUACCCCCCAGUCCUCAGCUUUGCCUCUGAGCCCAUCCUCAGGGGCCAGGGACACUUGUCUUCCUCCAACUCUUCUGUCCUUUGAACUGUGCUUCCCCGUGACCCUGGGGAACCAAGAAGUAGUGUCUGAGCUCAGGAGUGAAACCCCGACACUGGUGAUAGAGUUCAUCUUAGUUGCUGGGAAUUGGAUUUAUUGCCCUGUGUCCACAUAGGGGUGGCACUGCACUCCAGUUGUUAAUAAUCCCUGCGUCUUUGGAUUGUUGCUUGGGGGUCUGCCUGCCUUCCAGACUAACUGCUGUCAGUCAGACAGUUCCGAGGUUCCUCCCAGUCUUCUGGUGGCUGCACCCGCAGCGGCCCCUGUAACCCAGACAAUUUGUUUACAGAAAGUUCAGGAGCCCUGGAAAGGAGAAGGAAUAAGACGACAGGAGGAAGAGAGAGAGAGGGUAGAAUGGAAGAAUCUCACUUCAAUUCUAACCCGUACUUCUGGCCUUCUAUUCCCACAGUCUCAGGACAGAUUGAGAACACAAUGUUCAUCAACAAGAUGAAGGAUCAGCUGUUGCCAGAGAAGGGCUGUGGGCUGGCUCCACCCCACUACCCUACCUUGUUGACAGUGCCUGCCUCAGUGUCUCUGCCCUCGGGCAUCAGCAUGGACACAGAGUCCAAGUCAGACCAGCUGACCCCACACAGCCAGGCGUCCGUUACUCAGAAUAUCACGGUGGUCCCAGUGCCGUCUACAGGACUGAUGACUGCUGGUCCGGGUUUGGUAAUCACGUCCCCCUCAGGCUCCCUUGUGACCACAGCCUCAUCAGCUCAGACCUUCCCCAUUUCGGCUCCCAUGAUUGUCUCAGCUCUUCCCCCUGGCUCACAAGCCCUGCAGGUGGUCCCUGACCUCUCUAAGAAGGUAGCAUCAACCCUAACGGAGGAAGGAGGUGGAGGUGGUGGUGGAGGUGGCAGUGUGGCGCCUAAGCCCCCCAGGGGCCGGAAGAAGAAGCGGAUGCUGGAGUCAGGGCUGCCUGAGAUGAAUGACCCAUAUGUCCUCUCCCCUGAGGAGGAUGAUGACCAUCAGAAAGAUGGCAAGACCUACCGGUGCCGGAUGUGCUCCCUGACAUUCUACUCAAAGUCGGAGAUGCAGAUCCACUCCAAGUCACACACCGAGACCAAGCCCCACAAGUGCCCACACUGCUCCAAGACCUUCGCCAACAGCUCCUACCUGGCCCAGCACAUCCGUAUCCACUCAGGGGCCAAGCCCUACAGUUGUAACUUCUGUGAGAAAUCCUUCCGCCAGCUCUCUCACCUCCAGCAGCACACCCGGAUCCACUCCAAGAUGCACACCGAGACCAUCAAGCCCCACAAGUGCCCGCACUGCUCCAAGACCUUCGCCAACACCUCCUACCUGGCCCAGCACCUCCGUAUCCACUCGGGGGCCAAGCCCUACAACUGUUCCUACUGCCAGAAGGCCUUCCGCCAGCUCUCCCACCUCCAGCAGCACACACGAAUCCACACCGGAGAUAGACCGUACAAGUGCGCACACCCUGGCUGCGAGAAAGCCUUCACACAGCUCUCCAAUCUGCAGUCCCACAGACGGCAGCACAACAAAGAUAAACCCUUUAAGUGCCACAACUGUCAUCGGGCGUACACAGACGCAGCCUCGCUGGAGGUACACUUGUCUACGCAUACGGUGAAGCAUGCCAAGGUGUACACCUGCACCAUCUGUAGCCGGGCAUACACGUCGGAAACAUAUCUUAUGAAACAUAUGCGCAAACACAACCCUCCUGAUCUCCAGCAACAAGUGCAGGCAGCGGCAGCAGCAGCGGCAGUGGCCCAGGCUCAAGCUCAAGCCCAGGCCCAGGCCCAGGCCCAGGCCCAGGCCUCUCAGGCAUCACAGCAACAGCAGCAGCAGCCGCCGCCACAGCCACCGCACUUCCAGUCCCCUGGGGCAGCCCCCCAGGGUGGUGGUGGUGGGGACAGCAACCCCAACCCUCCACCCCAGUGUUCCUUUGACCUGACCCCCUACAAGACGGCGGAGCAUCAUAAGGACAUCUGCCUCACUGUCACCACCAGCACCAUCCAGGUGGAGCAUCUGGCCAGCUCAUAGAGACCUAUGCUGCGACCCACUGGCAAGAGGGGAAAGAAGUUCUGGCCCCUUCUCUCUCCAGCUUCACUUGGUGGGAAAAGUCCUCUUCUUCCUUGACAGGCCUUGGCUCCAUCUCCUUGGGCCUCAGGCACAGCCUUCCUUCACAGGACACCAUCCAUCUUUACUCUCAACUCCUCUUCAAAAGGAACAUCAGCCCUCCUGAUUGGCAAAGGUUACUGAGCUGGUAGUGUAAUCCAGCAGCUUCCCUCCCAAGCAGAGCUUUUAAAAAUAGGGGGUUGGUGCUCAAGGGAGGGAGUUGCUGUGACCUCAUAGAAUUUUUUCCAGUGUGGGCACUUACCCUCUCCUACCCUCAUAAUCCUCAGAGUUCAGGCUGAUAGAUUAGAGGCUGGCCCUCCCAGAUAUCACAGCGAAGGGAGCCCAUAUGCAACCAGCCUUCUGUUGUGUUCUUGCCUGUGAAAGAACAGAGAGGUAUCUCACGUGCCCCAGGCCCUGGGGGCCAUGUUCUUCCCCUCCGUGGUCUCACUUCAUUUCCUACCUAAUGCUGGAAGGAGGAGAUCUGGGUGGGUGUCAGUCCCCCUUUAUUUGUAAGGGGGCAAGGGCUGAGAUGUGGUCCCCAAGGGGCCGGAGAACCCCAAGAUGGUCAAGGGUGGCUUAGAAGUGUGGGUUAUGGUUUUCCUGGAGCCUCUCCCCUUCUCUGCCAACCAAGGCCCUAUCUUCUCAGUCUCCCCAUCCUAAAACCUAAGGAGCUGUGGGAGCUUUGUGUUCUCUAUGAAACCCCAAAUCAAGGGGUAUUGCAGAGAAGGGAGAGUCCAGGGCAAACGCAAAGACUGAACUAGCUCCCUAGGUGCCACGGCCAGUUGCCGGACAUGGAUUUAUAUAUAAAUAUAUAUAUAUAUAAAUAUAUAUAUACCCACUCAUCACGGCCAUCUUUGUUGUAACCAUUUCUGUGUUUAUAAAUGCAUUAUCUCUGAGAAUUUUCAUAUUUGACGUUUUGUUUAUUUUU